CAAUAAUUGAUGACAAAGUUAUGCAUACAUAUAGGGCAUGUGUCGUGUUCCGCCAGGUACCAGGCCGCGAUACAAUAGGAGUGAAAGGUAUGCUGACAGUCCAAUUGGCGAACCAUGUCCGUAUCCAUAACAUCACACAAACAAAUAGCACAUGUCAUGUUUGAGGCCGGUACAGCCCAGGAGGCGUGUACAUGGUGCAUGAUGUCCCACCUCAUAUCUUUGCUCGUUCUAGAAGGAGCAAGGGCAUCGAGGUGCGGCAGGUCUCGAUGUCGAGAAGAACCUGACGACCUAGAAGUCGGUGAUGUUUCCUCCGAGGACACAGAAGUUCCCGGCCUCGACCAUCUAAAGACUUUCGGUAUUCCAACCAGGAAUAGAAUUGUCAAAGCCAUAAGCGGCAGCAGAAUUGGAGCCAACCACCCCAGCAUCGCAUGGCUUGGGGUCGGGGUCGGGGUCGGGGUCUCAGGGCUCCCCAAGUGGGUGAUGCUAGGGCUAGACAUGACUGCUAUGGAGUGAAAGGAUGGUCCCCCACCAAGAUUCCCCACAGAGGCAAGUGACUGGGAUGUUGCGUUUGAUAUGAAUUUUACUUUAUGAACCCUCAUCUGCAAUUGAUCGAAG